AUGAAUAGUUGUUCAAAUCAUAAUAAUAGAAUAUUUGAAUUCAUUUGUUAUGAUUGCAAUGUUUUGAUGUGUUCUGCAUGUGUACCACAACAUAGACUUCAUUUAUUCGAUCAUAUCGACGGAAUAAAAUCGGAAAUUAACAAUCAUAUCAAUAAUAAUAACAAUGAUAGUAAUAGCAAUAACAAUAUCAAUAAUAAUAGCAACAUACCAUCAUUUCUCGAUAUUCAGUCAAAGAUUAAAAUAACAUUCGAUUCACUAAAGUCAGCAGUCAAAGAAUAUCAACAACUACAACAAACAGAAGAUGAGAUAUCGAGUAGAUUCAAAGAGCUACAUGAAUUCCUUGUUGUUGAAGAACACAAACUAAAGAAACCGAUCAUCGAUAACAAACAACAAUUGGAACAACACGUAGAAAGUCAAAUCACAGUCAUGAAAUCAUUGAAUUUAAUGAAUCAUCAAUUAAACCAAUUCAUUGCUGACUCUAAUACUGAUAAUAUUCAACCAACAACAACAACAGCAACAACAACAACAUCAUCAUCAUCAGCAGCAACAGACACAACAGAUAGUUACCAAACAUCUACAAUAAUAACAUCAAUAUCACAAUGUUCUGACCACAAAGAAUUUAUUCAAAACAAUAACAAUACAUUGUUCAGUUUUAAUGAUCAUCUUCAUAAUCAUUAUUCUAACAAGACUAAAAAAGAUGACCAUUCAUUAUUAAACCUUAUACUUGAACACAACAAUACAUUGAAAUCGAACAAUCAUAUUGAUGUAAAACACAACAAACUACAACAAUACCAACUGAUUAUCAAAGAUCAACAACUACAUCAAAUCAAAAAUCAACUUCAAUCCACUUUUAAACUUGUAAUACAACAACAUCAACCACGACAACAACUACAGGAUUCAUAUAUUUUAUCAACCGAUGUCGAUGGUAAAAUAUCAGUUAUCGAUAUAACAGAUCAGAAUAAUAUUUAUUUCGUACAACAAGGAUAUGCCACUAUUGAUGCAAAGCUUGGUUUUUACUCUUCUGUUGUUGUUGGUAACCAUUUCUAUAGAUUUGGAGAUGAAGCGAAAGCUCGGAAGUAUUUCAGAUUUUCAAUCCACAACCAAAUAUAUAAUGAAAUUGAAAUGAAUGGUAUAGAGGAGUGCGGUUAUGUGUCGGUUUGUUAUGAUGGUAAAGAUCAUAUCUAUUUAUUGGACGGUUGCAUGAAACCUAAACUACAUAUCUACAGAUUCAACAUCAACAAUUUAACAUUCGAGGAAUAUUCAACUGCCGAAAAUACAAAUCCACAUUACCACCAUUUAACUUUUCACCGAAACAACUGCAUUUAUAGCUAUAUACCAGAGGCCAACAAGAUUAUCAAAUUCGAUAUUAGCACCAAAGUAACAGUUGAAUUACCAAUUGAAUUGCCCAAUAAACAACAAAAAGCAGCAUGUACCGAUGGCAAUGGUAGUUUGUUUGUUCUAACUAAUACCGGAUUUCACCAGAUCAAUAUCGAAACCCACGAAUUUAAACAAUUGGAUAAAUCAAUAGCUAAUAUGAAUAUAAACAACCAUAAUUUGAUUUACCAUCAAGCAAACGAUCAAAAGAGAUAUAUCUACUCACUUCAAGGAAAGAGUCAUAACUAUAGAUAUUCAUUUGAACACAAUCAAUGGAAAUCAAUACUGGAAAAUGACCAAGCUAAUAGAUUAUAUUGUGGACAUCAUCUAUUUCAUAAAUAA